AUGGCCAAAGUACCCUUCAAAGGGUUGUGCCUUCCUGGCAAACCCCACGUACUUGAACCCUGCUUCCCCAAGAGACUGAGUGACCACAAGUCUGUUGUUGAAGUCCAGAUUCCCCAAUGCCUGGGAGAGGGUAUUGUAAAAACACUGCAUUUGCCCCUGUCGCAUCCCUGCGUUUGCGUCCUGUUUCACCCCAGAGCCCCACGGCGCUGGGGCCGCUUCGUGUGCAGGGAGUGGGGAGCCUGGCUGCUGCUGGAGGGGACGCAGACUCAUCCUGCAGGGAUGAACCCACCCGUGUCCACCCGUGCACCUGCUUGUGUCCCUCGCUGGCCUCUCCUGGGCCCAGCUCCACAGGAGAAGUGGGAGUGCGGCGUGGCAGCCCCUCCGCGGAGGCCUCUGCCCUCAGGCCCCUGGGACACAGCGCCAGAGCAGAAAAGAGGAGUAGAAGUAGUGCAGCUCGACCUGACCAAACCAAUUGAAGAGCAGGGCCCUUUGGAUGUGAUCAUCCAUAAACUGACAGAUGUCAUCCUUGAAGCAGACCAGAAUGACAGCCAGUCACUGGAGCUUGUUCACAGGUUCCAGGAAUACAUCGAUGCUCAUCCUGAAACCAUUAUCCUGGACCCUCUUCCAGCUAUUCGGACACUCCUGGACCGCUCCAAGUCCUACGAGCUGAUUCGGCAAAUAGAGGCCUACAUGCAAGAUGAGAGAAUCUGUUCACCACCCUUCAUGGAGCUGACAAGUGCCUGUGGAGAAGAUACCUUGCAGCUAAUAGAGAAGAAGGGACUGGCGUUCCCAUUCAUUUGUAAAACCAGAGUGGCCCAUGGAACCAGCUCUCACGAGAUGGCAAUCAUCUUCAACCAGGAGGGCCUGAAGGCUGUCCGUCCCCCUUGUGUCAUUCAGAGCUUCAUCAACCACAAUGCUGUGCUGUAUAAAGUGUUUGUGGUCGGGGAAUCCUACACAGUCGUGAAAAGGCCGUCUUUAAAAAACUUCUCUGCUGGCAUCUCAGACAGAGAAUCUAUAUUUUUCAACAGCCACAAUGUUUCGAAGCCAGAAUCGUCAUCCGUGUUAACAGCGCUUGAUAAAAUCGAAGGAGUGUUUGAGCGGCCCAAUGACGACGUGAUCCGGGAAAUCUCCAAGGCACUGCGGCAGGCUCUGGGAGUUUCCCUCUUUGGAAUUGAUAUCAUCAUUAACAAUCAGACUGGGCAGCACGCGGUCAUUGAUAUAAAUGCAUUCCCAGGUGAGAAAGCCUUUCCACCAAGGCUACAUGGAAGCCAUGGUCCAUGGGCUUAG